UGCCGCAAAACUGGAUCUCCACUCUACAAACACUACAAAGUAUACAAGCGCCCAACCUGUGGUCAGUGCAAUGGGAAGAUCACUGUGUGUCGUUUAGGAGAGAAUAACAGGAUGACUUACUUCUGCUCUCGAUGUCAAAAGGCAGAUCCCCAGCUUGUCAACAUUAGCAAACUGCCAACUAGAAAUAGCCUAAUUGGCUGGGCAUAUGGCAGGGGGUCAUGUUCUAAUGAACGUGUAGCUCAGAAAUCUGAAGAGGAGUGGACGUGUAUGCGCUGUACCCUAAUAAACAAGCCUUCUGCUGAAACUUGUGAUGCCUGUUUGACUUCAAGGCCUGAAGUUCCAAAGACAGAGAAUGUUGAAGAUUCUGCAGCCUUUAACAUAAACUUAAUGAAGUACCCUUGUAAUGAUUUCAGAAAACCAAGCACAGAAAUAAAGAUCAAUAGGAAAGCUGCAUUUGGAACUACAACUCUUGUCUUAACAGAUCUUGGUAACAAAGCUGUUUUGAGAAAUGAUACCCAAAUAUCCAAUGGACGCUCUGGAUGUAUUUCUCCAAAAAGCAAUUGUAAUCAAAUCCGAAACAAUGUCUACCAGUCAGGGGGAAGCACGGACAAGGAUUGCUCAACACACGUAACUGCUACGGCUUUGUCCUCCUGUCAGCAACCUCUCGCUUUCAAACACAUACAGAAGAAACAGAAAACUGAUCAUGUCCCCUCUGUUCACCAAUACAAUGUAGCAAUCAGCACACCUCAAGCUAAUAUGACAGAUGAUAUUCAUAUGUCAAGCCGAAUGGGCCAUCCUCGCUGCAGUAAACACAGCCGUCUCUGCAGCCUCAGAGUUGUGAGAAAGGACGGAGAAAACAAGGGCAGGCAGUUUUAUACCUGUCCUCUACCCAGAGAAACUUGCUGUGACUACUUUCAAUGGGCUGACUUGAAUUUUCCAUUUUGUAACCACGGCAAGCGAUGUGUUAUGAAGACUGUGUUGAAGAUCGGUCCCAAUAAUGGAAAGAACUUCUUUGUGUGCCCUCUUGGGAAGGAAAAACAGUGUGGCUUUUUCCAAUGGGCAGAAAAUGGACCACGUAUGCAAGUUGUUCCUUGA